AUGCCUCCCCCUCCCCGUGUGUCCCCUCCCCGUGUGCCCCCUCCCCGUGUGUCCCCUCCCCGUGUGUCCCCUCUCCGUGUGUCCCCUCCCCGUGUGUCCCCUCCCCGUGUGUCCCCUCCCCAUGUGUCCCCUCCUGGUGCGCCCUUUCCAUCCCCUCCAUUCAGAGACGUGCACGGGUGCAGCCUCACGGGGUCCAUCCCAGCCACAGUGGGGCGGCUGGCGAGCCUCAUGUUCUUCCUGGUCAACCAGAACGGCCUGUCAGGCUCCAUUCCAAGCACAGUGAGCGCGCUGCAGCAGCUGUACAUGUGGGACAUCAUGGACAACCGCAUUGAAGGCACUCCACAUGAGUCGCAAACUGCUCACCUCACUGCCGGAUCACAUCAGCUGGCUGCCCAAGCCACGUGUGAGCGUCGGCACACAGCAGAGCACGUCUACUGGAGUAACAACGUGCUGCCCAGCCUGGCCACCACAUGGUUCCUCCCCAAGCUCAUGGACCUCAAAACCCCAACCUCAUCAACCUCAACCUGGCCAAUAACGAGCUCAGCUUCUUCCUUCCCCAAGAGAUCCCAGCUGCAAUCCCUACAACAAGAUGAUGGGCGCCAUUCCGGACAUGUCAGGCUUGACGAGCCUGGUGGCGCUCUCCCUUUACGACAACGAUUUCACUGUCGUGCCACCCCGCCUGCUCAACCAAACCAACGUCACUCUGCAGCUCUACGGCAACGAGCUAUGCAAGCCCUUCUGAGCGGGGAUCUACCAGCAGUGCUCGCCGCCGCGGGCACUCAGGCACCGCUCUUCCGCAGCACGCGCGAGUGCACGUGCGUGUCACCGCUGCGCGCUGACCUGGGGCUGUACCUUACGGACCUCGUCGUCUUCUCCACUGAGCUCGUCCGGCACCUCGAGGAAAAGCUCGUCUCGGAGCUGUCGGGCAGGGCACGCAUCAACAUCACUCGCAAUCAGGUGCAAGUGACGGGCAUCAGCAGCCGUGCUUCCCUCGCCUCGCUGGCGUCAACAUUCGCGUCGGACCACACCACACACGAGUCUACGCUCAUCAUCACCGCGCUCUUCUUCCCGCCUGCCGCCGACGACUCCUGGCUCCCUCGCGACACGCCACGCGCCAUCCGCACGGCCCUCUCCACGCGCGAACCGUCGCUGCGCGCCAAUGUGGACGAGUUCGGGUCGUACCGCAUUGAGGCCUUCUAUGGGCCCGCUCCAGUGUUUCUCCUCUCCACCCUUCCACCCAUUCACACACCACUAUAUGGCCCACGCCUCUCCCGAGCAGCCACAUCAGGGCUGAGCAUAGCCUUCACGCCCUCGGGGCAGCCCGCAUCAUCGGGGCUGAGCACGGGCGCCAUCGUGGGCAUCGCUGUGGGCUGCGCGACCGUUGUCAUCUCGCUCGUGCUCGUGCUGCUCCUCCGCCCCUGGGAGAAGCGAGGGUGGACCCAAGCGGACUACAAGGAUUUGGCCGGCAUCAACCUGCGUCAAGCGCGGCGCUACUCGCUGGAGGAGCUGCAGCGCGCCACCGACAACUUCGACAACCGGCACGUGCUGUGGGAGGGCGGAUUCGGCAAGGUACGAGUGGGGGAGGGCGGAUUCGGCAAGGUACAAGUGGGGGAGGGCGGAUUCGGCAAGGUACGAGUGGGAGAGGGCGGAUUCGGCAAGGUACGAGUGGGGGAGGGCGGAUUCGGCAAGGUACGAGUGGGGGAGGGCGGAUUCGGCAAGGUACGAGUGGGGGAGGGCGGAUUCGGCAAGGUACGAGUGGGGGAGGGCGGAUUCGGCAAGGUACGAGUGGGGGAGGGCGGAUUCGGCAAGCCGUUUUUACCAGCCGACUUCUCUCCGCCCUCCCCCUUCCCUCCCAUGUCUGCCAGUGUAUCACAGGGUUCUGAAGGAAAGGUGUACAAAGGGGUGCUGAACGGUGAGGAGGUGGCGAUAAAGAUGGCGACGAAGCAGCACCAGCACGGGGGGGUGCAGUUCAAGAACGAGAUUGAGACCCUCACGGCCGCGUCUCACAGCAACCUCGUGCGCCUCACAGGCUUCUGCGUGGAGAGGGACGAGCAGCUGCUGGUGUUCGAAUACAUAGAGGGCGGUGCUUUGAACAAAUGGAUCAUGGGCAAACAGGGUCGCAGGCUGACGUGGCAGGAGUGGAUACACAUCGCCCAGAACGUUGCGAGUGCGCUGCGCUACUUGCACCGCAACAUGGAGCCUGCCAUCAUACACGGCGACAUCAAGCCGGAGAACAUCCUGCUCACGGCAGGGCAGCCCAUGCAGGCGAAGGUGGCCGACUUUGGGACGUCCAAGACCCUGCCGGAGCACGGCGAGCUGGAGUUUGGGACGGGCGAUACGGUCAUCAUGACCAAGGGCUAUUUUGAUUUAGACUAUAUGCAUUCAGGCAAGUUGACUGAGUACAGCGACGUAUACAGCUUUGGCGUGGUGUUGCUGCAGCUCGCCACGGGGAAGCAGGCGCUCAUCACGAGCGGGCACGAGAUUGUGCCGCUCAGGCAGCACGUCUUGAACCUCGCCUUUGGCCUGGAUGGCCUCUCUGCCGUGGUCGACCCGUGCCUGCUCGGAGCCGGGCAGAUAGUGGCGGGGCUUCAGGCCACAUUCAGCACGUUCCUGCACUUGGCGCUGUGGUGCACCGAGGAGCACCCCAAGCGGCGCCCCAACAUGGUUGACGUGGAGUCAGCACUGCGUGACAUCGAAGCUGCUGCUGCUGCCGCUGCUGCAGCUGAUGCUGGUGGGUUUCAAGCGGUGCACCAGCAUCAUGGUUUAGCACGAGGGGCGAAUGGGUUGGCUCCCCAAAGGGGCCCUGGGCUUGUCGCUGGGGUGCACCCCCCUCCAUCCAGUGCCGCCCAGGGGGGUGCAGCAGCGAUGGGAAACAGGUCCGCUGGUGGCUUGCCUGCUGCAGCUGGUGGACUCACAGCAGAACAAGAGGAGACUGAGGCAAUGACCGGCCCGUGUGCUCGAUAG